ACCUUCAGGGAUGUGGCCAUAGAAUUCUCUCAGGAGGAGUGGGGAUGCCUGUACCACAGCCAGCGGGGAUUUACAGGGAUGUGAUGUUAGAGAACUACGGACAUCUCUUCUCGGGUCUUGUUGUGUCAAAACCCGACCUGGUCUUCUUUUUGGAACAACAGAGGGAGCUAUGGGAUGUGCAGAGAAAGGAGACCAUAGCCUCAUUCCCAGCAAAUUGGAACAGAGAUAACGGGAACUUAUUUGACCCUCAGCAAAUCCAGGCCUUGGCCAACUGUGUCCUGUCGUAA